UCUGGAGCAGUGUGUCUGGCGAUAAGGCAAGUCUUUAAGAAUAUCAGUCAGCUACUCCAAAAGGGACCCACUGUGGCACUUCGGUAAAUACACAUUUAUUUCUAUAAAUUCUCUUUUAAUGCCAUGAUGUCAGUACGCCUGUGGCAAAGUGAGAUUACCUAAAUAAUAUGGGCCCUGGGAGCAACAAACUGAGCAUGUGUGUGACUAACUCAUCCCCUGCUAGAUUCCUUAACUUAAGGAUUUUGAGCAGGAAGGUAGGAUGUGUCGUCUUUAUAGAAAUAAAAUCCUGGUGAUUUAUACACAUUUGCCAAAUUAGACCCUUAGGGCAGAUAACGAAGUGACUGAACGGCCUCCCGGAACACCUACAGAACAUUUUCUCUGCUGCUCAUCCUCCACAUGACAGCUGACAUUUACUCUUGGAGCUUUGUAAUAACUGAGCAACAUUUUACAAAAAUAAUUAAUUCAUGGCAUUUUAUUGGGGGUACUGUGCGACUUACAACUUUUCUCAUAUUCUUAAUUUUGUUUGACAUUUUGAAAAUAUUAUGCCGAACUCUUUUGUCUGGAUUUUUGAAAACACAACUAGCAUGUAUUGAAUCCUUUUCUUUUUUUCUUUUUACACUUCCCUCAAAAACUAACAAAAGCACCAAAAACAAAAGAUCUCUUGUUUAAGCGCAGAGAAAUGAAACAUCCUGUUUGUUUCGAAUCCGAAUGACGGUUGCCUCAAUCUUACCUAAUUAGGAGAGCCUGCUUAAUGAGGAAAAUUCUUUUCAAAGUCAAUGAGUUUGCAAACACAAACAUAGCUGUCCCCCCAGAAUGAAAGAAGCACAUUCCUUACACGCAUAUUUUAGUUACACACUCUAAUUAAUAUUACUACUUAAAAUUCGUGGAAUUCAUCUGUUACAGUAUAAAAACACUGUGAGUUCCCUUCUCACAGGCUCAUAGACAGCAGGCUGAACAUAUUAACUCCAUUUUGGAUUUAGACAAAAUGGAAAUUAUUUCAUCAAAACAAUUCAUUUUGUUGAUUUUAGCCACUUCAAGCUUACUAACAUCAAACAUCUUUUGUUCAGAUGAAUUAAUGAUGCCCCGUUUUCACAGCAAAGAAAAUGAUGACAAAUAUUCCCAGCCUAGAGGAAUCCCAGAAGGGGAAAAGGAAAGAAGUGUCAGUUUUCAAGAACUAAAAGAUUGGGGGGCAAAGAAUGUUAUUAAGAUGAGUCCAGCCCCUGCCAACAAAGUGCCCCACUCAGCAGCCAACCUGCCCCUGAGAUUUGGGAGGACCACAGAAGAAAGAAGUCCCAGAGCAUGGGCCAACAUGGAGGCAGGGACCCUGAGCCAUGUUCCCAGCCUGCCCCAAAGGUUUGGGAGAACAACAGCCAGAAGCAUCCCCAAGACACUGAGUUGUUUGCUACAGAGAUCCUUGCACUCACUGGGCGCCAGUGAGCUGCUCCACGGCAUGACUUGCCAGCAUCAAGAAAUCCAGAGUCAUGGAGGGAAGCAACCAAGGAGACAAGCACUCACGGAAGCAGAUGAUGCAGAAGGGAAACAUGAAAAAUAGGAAAGCUGGAUCCCGUCCUUCAAGAUGCUGCGAAGCUGCGGCCUGUUGUCUAAGCCGAUCUGUGGUGUUGACACGGAAGAGCACCAGUUUUUCCUGUCACUAUAGGUUAUGUGGACGGUUAUUAAGUCAAGAAUACCUGUAAAAUU